AGGAGCUGCAGCUGACAGCAGGACAAGAGGCUGACAGCAGCCGUCUUCCUCUCAGGACGCCAUGGACAGUUAUUCCUACACCUGCAAUGAUGAGCCCAAGGUGAAGAAAGACUUCAACAAAAAGGUGUUUGUGAACAGAAGCCUGACGCUUGAAAGCAUCAAAUGCUAUGGCUUUGACAUGGACUACACGCUGGCAAUGUACAAGUCUCCUGACUAUGAGAGCAUGGGCUUCGAGCUGAUAAGAGACAGAAUGGUGUCUGUUGGAUACCCUCAUGAGAUUCUCCGCUACACGUAUGACCCCAGCUUUCCCACCCGUGGAAUAGUUGUGGACACCAAGUAUGGGAACCUCCUGAAGGUGGAUUCUAACGGCAACAUCUUAGUUUGCACUCACGGUUUCCACUUCCUCAAAGAGAAUGACAUCCAUUUCUACUACCCCAACAAGUUCAUUCAGAGAGAUGACACCGAGCGCUUCUACAUUCUCAACACUCUCUUCAAUCUCUCAGAGACUUAUCUCUACGCUUGUCUGGUGGAUUUCUUCACUAGAAGCAACAGAUACUCAAACCUGGAUAAAGGCUUCCAGCACGGAGACUUAUUCAUGUCCUACAGAAGCAUGUUCCAGGACGUCCGCAAGGCAAUGGACUUCGUUCACGACAAAGGAAUCCUCAAGGAACAAACUAUUAAGAAUUUGGAGAAAUAUGUGAUUAAAGAUCCAAAUAUCCCCAUGUUGUUGACCAGAAUUAAAGAGGUGGCAAAGGUGUUUCUUGCCACUAACAGUGACUACAAAUACACUGAGGUGAUCAUGAAGUACCUGCUUGAAGGUUAUACACAGCCUGGUUGCCCCAAAAAGACCUGGCCCUCCUUCUUCGACCUUGUCGUUGUGGACACAAGGAAGCCUCUGUUCUUUGCAGAUGGGACGGUGCUGAGACAAGUGGACACGAACACAGGGAAGCUGCGCAUCGGGACGUACACCGGAGACCUGCAGCAUGGGACAGUUUACUCCGGAGGAUCUUCAGACAUUGUCUGUGAUCUGCUGGACGUCAGAGGUAAAGACAUCCUCUACGUUGGAGACCACAUCUUUGGAGACAUCCUCAAGUCAAAGAAACGUCAAGGCUGGAAGACUUUUCUGGUCGUACCUGAGCUCACCAAAGAGCUGCAGGUGUGGGAGGAAAAGAGAACUCUCUUUGAGGAGCUGAAACGUCUCGAUGUCUUCUUAGCUGAACUUUACAAGCAUUUGGACAGCGGCAGCAAAGAGUGUCCUGACAUCAGUGCCAUCAAAACAAGAAUGACCGUUCUGACCUACAGAAUGGACAUUUCCUACGGUCAGAUGGGCAGCCUCCUGCGCAGCGGAUACACGCAGACAUUGUUUGCCAGCCAGUUGAUUCGAUAUGCAGACCUGUACUCCUCCACCUGGAUCAACCUGCUGCAAUACCCCUUUAAUUACCUCUUCAUGGCUCCCCCAGUUCUGAUGCCCCAUGAGGCAGCUUCUCAAAACUCUGCAGACAUCACUUCAUCAGAGAAGAACAGUAUGGUUAUGAUGACCAACAGAAACUAA